AUGAAUGAUAUUUCUAUUGAACAAGUAACCUUGCAAAAUAAUUUUUUAAAGGAAUUAGAUUUAUUUUGUAUUUUAAAAUUUAUUAUUACGAAUGAUAUUCAAAUUUAUAAUGAGGAAUCCUAUAAUAAUUUAUUAAAUAUAGUCAAAUCAUUUAAAAUUUUUAAUAUUGAAUCAAAAAACGUAUUUUCAACUAAUGAAAAAAUAUAUAAGAAAUUUUUUUAUAAUUAUAGGACACCCUUUAAAAUAAAAAACAAAAAUAAAGAAAUUUAUUGUAAUGAUUCCCUUUUUUCUAAAAAUUUAAACAACAAAAAUUUAUUUGAGUUUUUUAAAUUUCCAAAAAAUAAAAAGGUAUCAAAUUAUAUAAAGAAAAUAUGCAUUGAUAGUUUAAUAAAUGAACCAUUAAAUAUAAAUUUAAAUUUUGUAAAAUUUGAUAAAAAAAAGAAAAAAAAAAAGGGGAGAAUUAAAAAUGAUUCAAAAGAAUUAUUUAAAAAAUUAUUUAAAUCUAAUAGCGAUUCAGGUAUUCUAAGUAGUGAGCUAAGAAUUCCAUGCAAUGGUUGUGAUGAGGCACAUGAAGGUUAUAAAGAAUCAUCAACAAAUUUUAAAAAGUUCUUUAAUAAAACAGAUAUAUCAAUUUCAGACUCUUCUGAAUCUUUGACUAAUUUAAAAAAUUCUUUUCCUGAAGUAAGUGAUAAUAAUUACUUAAUUACCAACUGUAACAAUUCAGAUGAGUCUGUUUAUAAUUAUUUUAGUGAGUCAACUAAUAUAGAAGAUAACAAAAAUAAAAAUAAAAAUUUUAAGUGUAAAAAUCAACAUUUAUCUCAUAAAUUAUCUAUGUACAAUUUUAGUUUAUUAAAAAAUAACAAUUCCUUAAAUACCUUUUUUGAUGACACAUCUUUAUGUUUAAAUCAUUUUUAUGAUAUUCAUAAUAUGCUAAAUAGAGACCCUAUUGGAUUAAGAAAAAUAAAAAUUAUGUUAAAAAAAGAUAUUGGAACUAUUAGUAUUUCUCCAUUUUAUAUAAAUUUUGAUUGUUCUAGAAUAUUUGAAAAUGUGUGUAAAACUUUUAAUUUGAAUAAAUAUGAUUAUAAAAAACAAAAUUUAUAUUAUAUAAUAAAUUUAUGCUUUAGUAAUGAACAUUCUUUAUCUAUUCUAAAAAAUAUUUUUUUAGACGAUUUAUAUAAACAACAGAAGAUAUAUGAAAAUGAAUUAAAUGAUAAAAAGAAUUAUAGAAAAAAAAAUGCUUUAAAAAAAAAAAAUACAGAAAAUAUAUUUGAAAUUUUAGAUGAUGAAAAAAGAAUUAACGUAUUAUAUUUCAUUAAUCGAUUUUUAUAUUCACAGAAAACUCCCUUAUCUCAUUUAUUUAGAGAUUAUACAUUAUAUGGAUAUUACAAAGAUAAUAAUGAUAUGGAAGACGAUUUUUAUUUUGACGAAUUAACAAUUGAUUAUUUUAUAUUUUUGAUGGUUUUUGAAAAAAAAAUUGAAGCAAAUUUUUAUAAAUAUCUAAUUAAAAAAAUUCAUCAAUGUAAAAGAAAUUUUGUCAAUCAAAAAGAGGAGGAUUCUACCUUUUCCAUUAAUAGCAUUAAUAAUGAGAAAAAAAAAAGAAAAGAAAAUAUAUAUCUCUAUAAGGAGGAAAAUGAAAAUAAUAGUGAAAGUAGUAAAGAAAUUACAACAGAAUAUUAUGAAGAAAAAUUGAAUAUACAUAUGAAAGAAAAUGAACAUGACACAUAUAAAAGCAAAAAAAAAAGUGUUCCUUAUAAUGGUGGCACAUAUUUAUCAGCUAAUUAUGAAACAGGUAAUGAAAAUGGAACAUAUCAUGUAAAAAAUUAUUCGAAAACAUUAAUGAGUGAUAAAAUAACCUUAGAAAAAGGUACUCACCUUUUAAAAAAUUUGAAUGAAAUACACAAAAAAGAUAACAUUAAUUCAAAUAAAGAAAACAGAUGUGAAAUGAAAAAUUGCAAUGAAAAUGUAGAUACAGAAUUAAACAAUUUGAUAAAUAAUACAACAAUAGAAAAUGAUCAAAAAUUAAAAAAAAUGAUUGAAAAUGAAAUAAUAUUACUAAAAUGUAUUAGGCCUUUUCCUACUAUAUAUUGGUUAAUUAAUAAAAAUGUAUGUGCUUAUAUUUCUCAUUUAGAAAAAAUUAAUAUAAUUAAAAAUAUUGAAAAAUUUAUAAAUCAUAGAAGUGAUGAAUUUAAUUUACUUAGAUAUUAUUUGAUAUAUGAUCAUUUAAAAUAUAUAAUAAUCCGAUUAAGACAUAUUAACAAAAGAAUUUUAAUUUUUUUCUAUAAUUUCUUUGUUAAUAGUGAUAACUUUUUAAAUCAGUAUAAAAGUGGAGAUAUAAUGAACUAUUAUAGAAACUCUUUUGAAAUCAAACCAGUUACAAAUGAAUAUUUCAAGAAGUAUCAAAUCAAUUCUAAUGUAGUUUCAGAAAUACUUAGAAAAAUUAAUACAUUACGAAUAAAAGGAAUUGGAGGAAUUUCAAAUUUUUUAACUUUAAAAUGUAUUCAUCUUCAUUUUGCAUCACAUUUGUCAUACCCUAAUACUAUUGGAUAUAUUUUAGAAGAAUACUUUAAGUCAUAA